CAUUUCUGCCUACAAUAUGUCCUCCACAUAUUGAGUCUCCGAGGAGAAUGACAUGCGUUCAGGCUUGUUCCGCACUACAUCUACGAUCGUCGCGGUUGCGAGAUCGGGGCGGAUUGUUUGUGCGAGAAAGCUGUUCGAUGAAAUGCCGCAUAGAGAUUCCAUUGCUUGGAAUGCAAUGCUUGCUGGUUAUUCCCAAUCGGGUCAUGCCCAAGAAGCCCUCUCUCUUUUCUCUCACAUGAGGGUUGCCGACAUGGUGCCUGAUCAUUUCUCGUUCACCGCCGUCCUGAGUGCAUCAGCAGAUGCCGGCGAACUCUUGUAUGGAAAGAAGAUUCACGCACUCGUCAUUGGUCUCGGCUACCAAUCUUAUUUGCCCGUCUGCAAUUCACUCAUAGACAUGUACGGCAAAUGUUACUCUCCCGGCUGUGCUGUUCAGGUGUUUAAUGCUAUGAACCUCAGGAAUGAAGUUUCGUGGUGCUCCGCCUUAUUUGUUUAUGUGAAAGCCGGUCGGCUCGGUGAUGCCCAUGAGCUUUUCGAUAGCAUGCCCACAAGGGGGGAAUUUGCGUGGAAUAUUAUGAUUGCUGGCUAUGCUCAUUAUGGAGAGAUCGAAUUGUGUUUGAGCCUGUUCAAACAUAUGCAACGAGCUGCUUGCCGGCCCGACCUCUGCACAUUCACUGGCCUCAUGAACGCCUGUGCUGAAGUAGCAGAUCUUAGCUAUGGAAUCAUGGUGCAUGGUUGUAUCAUCAAAAGCGGUUGGAGCUUUGCAGUGGAGGCUAACAACUCAGUUUUAAGCUUUUACGCCAAACUAAGCUGCUUGCAUGAUGCUGUGAAGGCUUUUGCAUCUGCCACGACUAGAACCCAGGUUUCUUGGAAUGCCAUGAUCGAUGCUUUCAUGAAGGUUGGAGACAUUGACUGUGCUCUUGCUCUGUUUUGGCAGUCACCCGAGAAAAAUAUUAUAUCAUGGACGGCUAUGAUCUCAGGGUAUGCAAGGAACGGGCACGGAGAAGAGGCCAUUGUCUUUUUUGUUGACAUGAUGAGUAAUCUUAUCAAACCCGAUGACUUUACAUUUGGGGCUGUCCUUCACGCUUGUUCUAACUUAGCAGUUCUCGGGUGUGGUAGGAUGGUACAUGGCUCUGCAUUCCGCCAUGGUUUUCAUUCCUUGACCUAUGUGGGCAAUGGCUUAGUAAACAUGUACACCAAGUGUGGUGACUUACAAGGAUCAUGGCAAGCUUUUACUGAGAUAAUCAAUAAGGAUUUGGUCUCUUGGAAUGCAAUGCUAUUUGGGUUUGGGCUGCAUGGUAAAGCUUUUGAAGCUGUAAAGCUUUAUGAAGAGAUGGUUGGUUCUGGUCUAAGGCCUGAUAAAGUGACCUUCAUUGGGUUGUUGAUGACUUGUAGUCACUCAGGGCUAAUAGAGCAAGGCCUUGUGUUUUUUGAAUCAAUGGUAUCAGUUUAUGGACUUGCUCAAGAAGCAGAUCACAUAACUUGCAUGGUGGACAUGCUUGGCCGGGCUGGGUACUUGAAAGAAGCAAGAGAGUUGGUUGAGGAAUAUUCAAGUACAGUAAGUAUGAAGACUAGCUCAAAUGAAGCUCUUCUUGGUGCAUGUGUUGCGCAUGGAAAUGUGGGGCUUGGGGCAAUGGUAGGAGAGGAUUUGAUGAUCAUAGAACCUCAGAGAGAAGCUAGCUAUGUGCUACUGUCAAAUUUGUAUUGUGCAAGUGGACAAUGGAAGGAAGCAGAGAAGGUGCGGAAGGCAUUGGUGGAGCAAGGGGUAAAGAAGAUGCCUGCUUGUAGUUGGAUUGAAGUGGGAAACAGGGUUAUGGUCUUUGUAGCUGGGAAACAUUCAUAUCCUCACAUGGAAGACUUGUAUAAAAUAUUAAAUUUUGUAAAAUCUGAAAUGAGAAAUCCAAAUUUGUUUGGCUUUGAAAACUAUAAAGCAUUCCAUUCCUUGAAAGGAUGAAA